AUGGCCCUGACGAAGCAGUCGUUUGCGCUCCUCACGACGACCAUGACGCAGUGGUGGGGCCCCACCAAGAUCCGCAUCAGCGGCGACGCCUCGGUCGCCCACCAGAUGCGCCAGCAGCCCGACGGCAUGGUCGAGUUCGACUUCCCCGAGCGCCUCGUGCUCGUGGCCAACCACCAGAUCUAUACCGACUGGCUCUACCUCUGGUGGAUCGGCUACGCCAACACGCCGCGCAUGCACGGCCACAUCUACAUCAUCCUCAAGGAGUCGCUCAAGUGGAUCCCGUUUAUCGGCUGGGGCAUGAUGUUCUACGGCUUCAUCUUCAUGUCGCGCAAGAUGGCCACCGACCAGCCGCGCCUCGCCCACCGUCUCGGCCAGCUCAAGAAGAGGCAGCGCGCCCCCGACGGCACCAGCUUCCUGAGCCCCAUGUGGCUGCUGCUCUUCCCCGAGGGCACGAAUCUCGCGUUGAACGGGCGCACCAAGUCGGCGGCCUGGGCGAAGAAGACAGGGCUCAAGGAUGGCGAGCACGUGCUGCUGCCGCGGAGCACGGGCAUGUACUUCUGCCUCAAGGAGCUCGGGGACACGGUCGACUACGUCUAUGACUGCACCGUGGCGUACGAGGGCAUCCCGCGCGGCAAGUUCGGCCAGGACUACUUCACGCUCUCGAGCACCUACUUCCAGGGCCGGCCGCCCAAGUCGGUCAACUUCCACUGGCGCCGCUUCAAGGUGUCGGAGAUCCCGCUCGAGGAUGCCGAGGCGUUCGAGCUGUGGCUGCGCGCGAGGUGGUAUGAGAAGGACGCGCUCAUGGAGCAGUACCUGUCGACGGGGCGCUUCCCGCCGCUCGUGGGCCACAAGCAGGACUACAUUGAGUCGGAGAUCCGGACGAAGAACUGGUGGGACUUUUCGCAGAUUUUUGUCGUGUUCGCGGCGUUUAGUCUGCUGUGUCGCAUCUUUGUGCUGCAGUGGGUGCGAUUUACGGGGGCGUGA